GGGGCCCGGCUGACUCCGCCUCCGGCCAGGAAGUGACUCAAAAAAACAGUUCGAGAUGUGAAGAGAGGACUCAGUUGGGUCUGGGUGGCCAAGCAGCCAUGCCUACCUGGGGGUCUGGCUCUCCGUCCCCUGACCGCUUUGCGGUGUCUGCGGAGGCCGAGGACAAGGUGGGGGAGCAGCAACCCCAUGUGGAGCGCAUCUUCCGCGUGAGGAUGAGCGUCCUCCCGAAGGACUGCCCAGAGAACCCUCACAUCUGGCUGCAGCUGGAGGGUCCCAAGGAGAACGCCAGCAGAGCCAAGGAGUACCUGAAGGGUCUCUGUAGCCCAGAGCUGCAGGAUGAAAUCCACUACCCACCCAAACUGCACUGCAUCUUCCUGGGGGCCCAGGGCUUCUUCCUUGAUUGCCUGGCCUGGAGCACAUCAGCCCACCUGGUGCCUGGGGCGCCUGGCUCACUGAUGAUCAGUGGCCUGACGGAGGCCUUCGUCAUGGCUCAGAGCCGAGUGGAGGAGCUGGUGGAGCGGCUGAGCUGGGACUUUCGGCCAGGGCUGUCUCCUGGAGCCUCUCAGUGUGCUGGAGUGCUGAGAGACUUCUCUGCCCUGCUGCAGCCCCGGGGGGAUGCCCACAGAGAAGCCCUGCUGCAGCUGCCCCUGGCCGUCCAGGAGGAACUGCUGAGCCUGGUGCAGGAGACAUCCAGGGGGCAGGGGGUCCAAGUGCUUCCCUCCUGGGAGGGGGGGAGCCCAGACCUGCUGGGUGUUCAGCACCAGGGAGUCAGAGCUCCCCUGAAUGAAGGCAGGGGGUCCCUGGAGACCGGACCUACAAGGUGGCCAGAGCCAAGGGGAGAGAGACCUGCUAUGGAGAGGGAGGGAGGGAAGCAGGGUCGUCCCAGGGAGAUGGAUUUGGGAGCGAAGGAGCUGCCUGGGGAAGAGGCCUGGGAGAAAGAAGUGGUCUUCAGGUCACAGUCACGGGGAGGAGAGGCAAGGCAAGAAGGGCUCCUGAAGAAGAAGGCCCUGGGGAAGGAGGGGGGGCCUCAGGAAAGAGAAGGGUUCUGUAUCCAGGGUGAGCCUCCUAGUGCCCAGGGCCCCUGUCAUAGGGCAGCUCAGCUCCGGGGAGCCUCUCUCCUCCAGCGACUCCACAAUGGGGAAGCCUCACCUCCCAGAGUGCCUAGCCCCCCACCUGCACCUGAACCCCCAUGGCACUGUGGAGACCGAGGAGACAGGGGAGACAAGCAGCAGGUUGUGGUUCGAGGUCGGGGGUCUCCAUGGAAACGAGGCACCCGGGGGGGCAACCUGGUGACUGGCACACAGCGUUUCCAGGAGGCCCUACAGGACCCUUUUACCCUGUGCCUUGCCAAUGUACCUGGCCAGCCAGACCUCCGCCAUAUUGUCAUUGAUGGCAGCAACGUGGCCAUGGUGCACGGCCUCCAGCACUACUUCUCCAGCCGGGGCAUUGCCAUUGCCGUGCAGUACUUCUGGGACCGUGGCCACCGGGACAUAACUGUCUUUGUGCCUCAGUGGCGCUUCAGUAGGGAUGCCAGGGUCAGAGAGGGUCACUACCUGCAAAAGCUCUACUCCCUCAGCCUGCUCUCCCUCACUCCCUCCCGAGUCAUGGAUGGAAAGAGGAUCUCCUCCUAUGAUGACAGGUUCAUGGUGAAGUUGGCUGAGGAGACCGACGGGAUCAUUGUCUCUAACGACCAGUUCCGGGACCUGGCGGAGGAGUCUGAGAAGUGGAUGGCAAUCAUCAGAGAGCGCCUGCUGCCUUUCACCUUUGUGGGAAACCUCUUCAUGGUCCCUGAUGACCCAUUGGGGCGAAAUGGUCCCAUGCUGGAUGAGUUCCUGAAGAAGCCAGUCAGGACACAGGGGUCUUCUAAGGCUCAGCAUUCUUCCAGGGGCUUUGCAGAACAUGGUAAUCAGCAGCAGGGGAGAGAAGAGGAGGAAAAAGGCAAUGGUGGCAUUCGGAAGACCCGGGAAACAGAGAGGCUCCGGCGCCAGCUGCUGGAGGUAUUUUGGGGCCAGGAUCACAAGGUGGACUUCAUCCUACAGCGGGAACCAUACUGCCGGGACAUCAACCAGCUCUCUGAGGCCCUGCUCAGUCUCAACUUUUGAGCCUCACCUGCCCCAGUGGCUGCCACCCCAUCAGCUCCAGCCUUGCCUAGCUUAGUCCCUUCUGUGAGGGUCCCUGUGAUGCUCAAACCCUGACCCAGACCCACUCUGAGUUGGUGUGUUGGGUGAGAAGCACUGAGGAAGAGCAUUCGAAAGUGGGGAAUGCUCUUGCCUGGGGCACUUUGGGGACAGGUCCAUAAAGUGACCUGAUCUCCUCUUGAAUCAGGGCCUCAACCAGCUCUCAAGGGGUUCUGUUCAGCCUUAACUCCUCAACCUUGCCUUAGCACAGGGUUUCUAUAGGGAGUUGGGGCUGCUGGAAAAGAUGGGUCCUGGAGAUUGGGACUGCAGCUCCUCCUUGAAGCUGAGUUGAGGAUGGAGGCUGGGAUGGGCCGGAGGGGAAUGAAGACAGAUGGCAAGGAAGCUGAGCCCCUCCUACCCUCGGCUGCUGCUCUGGAUAGCCAGAGUACAGGAUACUUUCCAGGGCUGGUAGGGCCCCUGAGAACCUUGAAAAGGGAAUGCUGGACCCUGGAAAGGCUAGUGUGAUGGGGUCUGGGUCACAGUGGGGCAGCAGGGAGCUGGUAAGGAAGGUAGGAGGAGACUUGGCUUCUGGUCUCAGCUGUGCCUGUCUGUGACCUUGAUUGAGCUACUUGGUCUUUACUUCUGCCUGUAAAUCAGAUGUAAAAAUGCCUGUUGGGAUUAAUGAGAACAUGGAAGAGGGCUCUUUGGAGGAAAAGUACUUGUACCAAGUCUCAGGUGUGUCUGUCUGUGGCCACACAGGCUUCCAAACCAAAACCUCACUUUCAGAGAACUAAGGGUCCUCUGUCCCCAGGGCCUGUGCCCUAGACUUUAACACUGCAUCCUCAUGAUGUGCCCUAUAAUGGCUGCGUUCCUUUGGGCAACCCCCAAAUCCACAUUUACAAAACAGUUAGUUAGGGGUGACUGUUUGCAUUACCAAAAUACUCUCAGGGUUCCUCUAAAUGGCAGCUCUCCUGUUGCAUUCAAGUGUUUGUUUACAGAUUAACGAAUGUGUCAGAAAGUCCCGUUCAAUGCACUUGCUGUGGUGUUGCGCAUUCACCAAACUGUUGGAAGCCAUGCUCUGCAAUGACAAUGUUAAUGUGAUCUGACCCUAGCCUUUUCUCUAAGGAACACAUAUGUUGCAUAAAGUGAGGCUGACUUCUGCU